CCCUGACUUCCUGUUCAUGGUCGGCUGUGACUACAGAGGGAAUGAAGUCCUCGGAGGAUUAAAACUACUCUAUGAAACUGCGACUAAGAUUUAUUCAAAAUGAGCUGGAUUCCGUUCAAGAUUGGCCAGCCAAAGAAGCAAGUGGUCUCUAAAACGGAUGAGAGAGACUUUGAACGAGAAUAUGAAAAACUACAAAAAUUGGAAGAUCAGACAAAAAAACUUCACAAGGACAUGAAGAAAAGCACAGAGGCUGAUUUGGCCAUGUCCAAAGCAGCAGUAAAGAUCUCCACAGACCUGCUCAGUAACCCUCUGUGUGAACAAGACCAGGCUUUUCUAGAGUCCAUGACUGCACUGGACACAGCCAUGAAAAGAAUGGAUGCUUUCAACCAGGAAAAGGUCAACCAGAUACAGAAGACUGUGAUUGAUCCUUUAAAGAAGUAUAGUGGCAUUUUCCCAAGCCUGAAUAUGGCAGUGAAGAGGCGGGAGCAGGCUCUGCAGGACUACAAACGGCUCCAGGCCAAAGUGGAGAAAUAUGAGGACAAGGAGAAAACUGGGCCCGUCAUGGUCAAGCUGCACCAGGCCCGAGAGGAGCUCAGACCCGUUCGAGAAGAUUUUGAGGCCAAAAACAAGCAGCUGUUGGAUGAAAUGCCCAAAUUCUACCACAGUCGGAUUGACUACUUCCAGCCCAGCUUUGAGGCUCUUAUCCGAGCACAGGUGGCGUAUUUUACUGAAAUGUACAACAUUUUCAAUGACCUGACGGAGCAGAUAGAUCAGGCGGGUUUGACGGAUGAGCAGAGAGAGAAGGAGACGGAGGCCAAACUCAGUGAGCUCCGAGCUCUGUCCAUUGUAGCAGACGACUGAGAGGAAACUGCUCAGGCCUUUCAGUGGAACUAACCUCUUUCUGACUCUUACAUUCAACUGUGGCCUUCACUACUUUGUUUUGUAUUUUUCUUGCCGGGCACACCAUUUAUUCAUUUUACCUGUUGUGAUGCCAUAUCGAGUAAAGCCAUUAACCAAAUGUAGCAUCGGAAAAACCCAAAAUAUUUAGAAUCUCAUAUGCAAAUAUAUACCACAUUUGCCUCACUGGUUUGUCUGUCUUCAUAAGACUCAAAGGCAACACACAUUUAACUCAAACAAAAGCUUAGUUGCCCGUUUUGGUGUUGUCCACUUAUCAUGAUUGGUAAUGGUGUAUUUUUUAUUUAUUUUUUUAAUCUCUAUUUAUUAUUUUUCAAAUUGACUUUGUAAUUUGUGUAAAAUGUGCCUAGAGUCCUGACAUGGACUCUAUCUCUGACCUGGCCAUUUGCCAAUGAAAAAAACGUGUGACAUCGUCGUGUCAGCCGCCUUUAUAUUCAAGUGCAACGAGACGCUACACUGUCCAACUCAAAGACUUGGGCGCCAUCUAGUGGCUUGUACAGGCGAUGCCUUUACGUCUGUUACGGUUCUUUGUUCUUCCCUUGUCCUCUAUUGUUUAUGGGAAGUAAUAAUAGCUGACCACAUCAACUCAACUUGAUCAAGUUGUGCUUUUGCAAAAUACAAAAGCUACAGUAUGCAAGUUGUUAUAGAAGGGAAUCCAGUUAUCGUAUUUAAAUCAUGUCUCUGGUGCAUUUUAUUAAUGAAUAACUUUUAAUGAAGGUGUUUUGAGUCAUUGAUUGUAGGUUUGUUAUUUAUACGCUUAAAUUGAUUAUUAAGAUAUGAGUCUUUUAAAACUUGUACUAUUUCAGUCAAAUUACAGCAGGUAUACCGUUGUAUUUUUCAAAAAUAAAAUGCUACAAUUAAAUAUAAGUGACCAUU